GUUUACGGACAACAACGCUUCUGCCAAGAACACGACCGGGAAAGUUGCUAAUUCGAGAGGAAAAUAUUAAACCAGAGUACUUCCCCGUGAAAUUUCGCAAAUAGGGUCAACAAAAUGGCAAAGUUUUUUUCCAUCCUUUUGUGCCUGGCUAUUAUUGGAUCCAUAGCUGCAGGACCUAUAGAGGAUAAAAAAGCUGCGGAGGCGGGUGAUCUUUCCACCGCCGAUACCAUUGGCUACGGAUACUAUGCGGCUCCAUCGCCUCUUUAUUACGGCGGAUAUGGGUAUGGUGGGGGCUACAAGUACGGAGGCUACCAUGGGUAUGGCGGCUACGGCGGAUACCGCAGCUACGGAGGCGGCUUCUACCGCCCGCGAAUUUACCCCGUGUGGGGCUAAUAAAACCCCAAUUACUGUUCCAAAAUUGCGUUCCUAAAGCACCUCAACCCAUGUAACCGCACUAGAGACCAAAGAAAUUGUACAAGCCCCCUUUGAAGAUGAACCCUUUCACUGUUUUGCAACCACGGCGAUCACGUCAUUGGAGUUUUUGACCCCAGACCACAAUUAACACCGGCUUUAUUGCAAUAAAAAACAAAACACUUUAUGUACGCGUA